UAAUACAAGUAGUGAGAGUGUUUUUUUACUGAGCCAUGAGUUCAUCUUCAGAAAUAGCUUGGCAGCUAAUGGAAUUCCAUGAUUAUUUGUCCUUAUCAAGCUCUGAAAAGAAAAUCAGGAAACAUGUCACCCCAAAGCAGUGGCAGCUGGACAGGUGUCCUCGUUUACGUUCACUGGUAUCCGAGACACUGGAGAAUAAAGGAGACAUGUUACACAAAGCUGUCUGGGAUGAUGCCUUAGAAGAGGUCAAAAACAUCUUUAGCCAUGGAGUUACUGUUGACUGUCAGAACACUAUGGGCUGGUCUCCAUUGCACAGUGCUGCCUGCCGAGGAAAUCUCCCUUUGGUAAAGUACUUGCUUCAAAAAGGAGCUACCCUUAACUUCAGAGACUUCUGCAACUAUACCCCACUACACAGGGCAGCUUGGAAUGGCCAUGGGCAAACAGUGGAGUAUCUGCUGCAAAGUGGUGCCCAUCCUGACCUUCUGAAUUACUCAGGGGAAUCGCCACUGCAUUUGGCUGCAGGCAAUGGACAUGUGCAUACUGUUCGCUUAUUACUGAAGUACAAAGCCCAAGUCGAUAUUAAGGAUAGCAAUAAGUGGACCCCACUACACUGGUCAAUGCUACAGGGCUGCACAAAUAUGGCUGAACUGCUAUUGUCUAAUGCAGCAUCAGCGGAAGCUAAGACUAAUACAGGCAUGGUCCCACUGCAUCUUUCUGUAUUAUCAGAAAAUCACCAAGUUACGGAGUACCUUUUACAAAGGAAAGUUAAUGUUGACGCCAAGGAGAAUAAUGACCGGACUGCUCUUCAUAUAGCUGCAAAAAAUGGGGACAUACAGAUGCUGCAGAUACUUCUGGAAGGAGGUGCUACAGUUCAGACCUUGGACAAAGAUCUUCUUACUCCACUUCACCUGGCAGCAAGAAAUGGCUCUCCUGGGUCAGUGCGACUGCUUCUACAGCAUGGAGCUUCUGUGGAUGAUAGAGACCUGCUUUACAUGACCCCACUACAUCACGCAGCUUUCAGAGGUAAUGCAGAAACUGCAAUGGCUCUGAUCCAGGGGGAUGCUGAUGUCAAUGCAAGAGACUGGAUUGGGAAGACACCAUCACAUAUUGCAGCAGAGAGAGAUCACUGUGAAGUCAUAAGAGCUCUGAUAGAAAAUGGUGCAAAUGUCAUGGAAAAAACAAAGUGGGGUGAAACGCUCCUAGAAACUGCUUCAGCUAGAAGUGAUGCCACUAUAGUUAAUCUGUUAAAUGAAUAUAGGUCAGUUUAAUUUUAGGCAAAUAUAAACACUCCACCUGGAGUGCAGUUUACUGAAUUAGUCCUUCUAACACUGUAGGUACUCAGCACCCAUUCCUAUAUGAUCAUGUAUUAAGUUUAUUUUCCUCACUUCUAUGUAAAAGCCUGAAAUACCAUUGGAGAUGGAAAUUAAAAUUAUGUAGCAUACCGGAAGCAGUUACAAAACCUUUGUCUGUGGUGAAUUCUCUAGUGGUUACCACUUUUUUACCAAUAUACAAAACAAUGUGCUGAACCCCAAGCAAUACAAUGCACAGAAAUGUAAAGCUGAUCUGCCAUAAUGUUGAUAUAAAAUACAUUUUAUGAGAACUGCAUGAAAAGUGUAUGAAUGAAAAUCUAGCACCAUUCAUACAAGCUAAGUCCUAAUUUUGUGUAUCGAUCAAACCGACAAAACACAACUCCUCCAAAAAUGUAAAUGUGGAAAAAAUUCACAUUUCUUAGAGGGCAGGGUACUGCUCUUCUUCUCCCACCCAAUAAACACACUUGUCUUGAUAACGUUAAAGUGUGUCUAUGUCAAUUUAA